UGUCCACCGUCUACUCUCAGGCCUGCUAAUUUUUCGUUCAUUACGCCCGUUUAUCCUGCUGAGCCCUUAAACUCCUUCUCGGUAUCCCUACACGCACCAAAGAUGGGUAGGGAGGACAAAGCAACAUGGAAGUCGAACUACUUCACCAAACUCAUUCAACUUCUGGAUGAUUACCCAAAAUGUUUCAUCGUGGGUGCAGACAACGUUGGCUCGAAACAAAUGCAGCAGAUUCGUAUGUCGUUACGUGGUAAUGCUGUUGUGCUCAUGGGCAAGAACACCAUGAUGCGGAAAGCCAUUCGUGGUCACAUUGAACGCAAUCAGGCACUUGAAAAACUGUUACCACACAUCCGUGGCAAUGUUGGCUUUGUAUUCACUCGCGGAGAUCUUGUAGAAGUUAGAGACAAGCUGAUCGAGAACAAAGUUCGUGCGCCUGCUAGGGCUGGUGCUAUUGCACCAUUGAGUGUCAUCAUUCCUGCUCAGAAUACUGGACUGGGACCUGAAAAGACUUCAUUUUUUCAAGCCUUGAGCAUUCCAACCAAGAUUUCUAAGGGUACUAUUGAAAUCAUUAAUGACGUGCACAUUUUGAAGCCUGGAGACAAGGUGGGAGCUUCAGAAGCUACACUUCUAAACAUGUUAAACAUCUCCCCCUUCUCGUAUGGUUUGUUGGUUGAACAAGUGUAUGAUUCUGGUACCAUCUUUGCUCCAGAAAUCUUAGACAUCAAGCCUGAGGAUUUACGUGCUAAGUUCUUGGCUGGAGUUGCCAACUUAGCUUCUGUCUGCUUAGCCAUUAGCUAUCCCACAAUUGCCAGUGCUCCUCAUAGCGUUGCUAACGGAUUUAAGAACUUGCUUGCUAUUGCUGCAACUACAGAAGUCGAAUUCAAGGAGGCAACCACUAUUAAGGAAUACAUCAAGGAUCCCAGCAAGUUUGCUGCAGCUGCCGCUGCUACUGCUCCAGUCGCUGCUGCCACAACCGCUGCUGCUGAGAAGAAAGAAGAAAAGAAAGAAGAAUCUGAAGAAGAAGAUGAUGACAUGGGUUUUGGACUGUUUGACUGAACAAUAGCCAACUGUUCGUAUCUGCGGAUCUUGCUGACAAAAUUUCAUGCUGGCGUCUGAAUAAAGUUGGAAGUUAGAAAAAAUAAAAGCCCAUUUUCUUAUUG